AUGGCCCCGAAGAAUAAAGGAGGAGAUAGUAAGGGUGGGAAAGGCAAGGGGAAAGGAAAAGAGGCAGAAAGUUCUGAUGGUGGUAAGGGGAAGGGAUUGAAAGCUGCCACCUCCAUAAACGUUCGACACAUUCUUUGCGAGAAACACUCAAAGAAGGAAGAAGCUUUAGAGAAAUUACGAUCAGGGGCCAAAUUUGACGAAGUUGCUCGGGAGUUUUCAGAAGACAAAGCUAGACAGGGUGGAUCACUCGGAUGGAAAGUCAGAGGGAGCUUAGACGCUGCAUUUGAGAAGGUAGCAUAUGACUUAGAACCAAGUACCACGGGAAACCCGAAGUAUGUCGAAGUGAAAACUGGGUUUGGAUACCAUAUUAUUAUGGUUGAAGGGAGAAAAUAG